GUGCGAAACACGAACAAAACAACAAAGCACGUGCUUCCCGCUAGCGUUGCCGUACACCACGCAUGCGAGUUCUCCGAUGACAGUGGUUAUGUGCAUGGCGAUAAGAGGCGGAAAUGCCUCGCGUAGACUUCUUGCCAGCAUACGACAAUUCAGGCUCUUAUACAAGACACUACCGCGGCAGUGUGCUGUUCCUUAAGUACACCUGGCACGAGCUGCUGCUGCUCUUCUGCAAUGUCGUCAACGUUCUUGUUCAACUCGGCAUGGGCGUCCCGCUGCUCAUCAAGUCGGCACAAGAAACGCUCGUCGUGCCCAUCAACAUCACCAUGAUUAAAAGCAGUGAGCUUGUGGUGCAGCCCUACAACCCGUUUGCCUUCGAUGUCAUCGUUCUCCUUGCCGUGGUAUUUGGAGCAUGGUUUGGCAUCUCCGGAGUCCUUUUGGAGCACCAGUACGAGUUAGCACUGCACGUAGCCUGCAUGGUAUUGGCGUCCGUGUACAGUGUCACAGAGUACGUUGUGUGCGGAAACGAUGGCAGCUUUCUGCUCCUUAUGUAUCGAGCACUAGUGUCCGCAACGCUGACAACCAUAUCGGCAAUCCUUGCCAUCAAGGCUGUGUUUCACCCGACUUGGACAGAAUUUGUGCUUGUUGGAGUCGCUGAAGGAAUGAUAGAGAUGUACAGAUCGUUCUGCAAGUUUCUCGCAAUGCUGAAGCUGGAGUUCCUGUCAUAUGCAAUAUUUGGGAUCCUGGUGCUGAAUGCCGGUGUUAAUAGCACCUUGUGGCAGUUUACGACUCUGGCAAUCAUUCUUGCAUACAGUCUCGCCCUGUGGUGGAUUGGGUCAAUGGGGGUAAGAAAAGAACGUCCAAUCAUGGUGUACACAUAUGUUGCACUCAGCAUGAUAGCACCACUGUUUCUUGUUUUAGAGAUCAGUGCCAGGUUUCCGAACAAAACCAUUCAGAUCGCUGACAUACCUGUCGUGCAUGUUGUUGCAGGUGGCUUCUGCAUUCUCAUGAGAGUCUAUCUCCACAUUGAAUUGCUUCACGUCUUCAAGAACUUCAAUUGCGGACUCAUUAAUCAAGAAUUCCUAGGUCUUCUAACACCAGAGACCACUGGCCUGCUGUCUGGGAGGAGACAUUGAAUUGAUGGUGGUGCUAGAUGGACAUUGCCACAAAAGAACCUUGGUGUGCGCAUUACACCUAGGCAAACAUGGGAGGACUACUUUGAAUGCAACAGCAUUUAAGAGGUGCGAGGAGAACUGGGAAAUUAUUAAUCCUCUGUGCUUGUUGUGUAAACUGACCGAGCUAACAUGGCUUGUCUUCUUCAGGCCACGCGUAACCAGUGGGACUUCCUGUAGAGAAAUCUGUUGUACAGAUGGCUAUCUUGCUGUUGUUAAUGCCUUUUUUACACUAACCUGUGUACUCGGAAGAUGUGCUAGCCGACUUUGAGAUGGUUGGAAUCUGUUCGGUGAUUUUUUAACAGCUCUACCUAGCAUUGCUUAUACUAAGUUAUUCACUUAUCCUCUUGUUUGACUGCGGUUUUAAGACAUCAUUAUUUUUGUAUGUUUUUAUACUUACAUGUUUACUUAGUUUCUGGUGAUAGCACUAUGCAUGUAUGUGUUGCAUGAAAACUAUCAGAGGUCCCAUUACUCAGUGUUUCUGUUGGAGUGAUUUAGGAGACGUUUUGACGAUGCAAUGACAUGCUUGUAGCGUUGAGCUAAAAAAAUUCAUUUAUUUUAUGCUUAUGCUGGAAAAGGCACAACACUGUAGAUGUGAAAGGUGUAUUGAUGAAUUGCUAAGCUUGGAUGAAUUAACAAGUGUUUCUGUCUAGUAGUUUCAGAGUAACAGAAGAAUCACUGAAUUGUGGUUGUUUUGAAAUUAAUACUCCUGUUACGUACGUUACCUGAUGAUCUGCCAUAGAAGAUCCUGAAGCAUGGAUCUAUAUUUACUAAUCAGUGUUUGUGCUUCCAGACUAGAAGAGCCGCUACAUUUCGCAGCUGUUAAAUAUAUCCUGUUAUCCUAGUACUAGAUUUUACUUUAUAGCCGAUAAAGUGUGAAAGGUGGCCGCCGAGUUCAUUGUUGUCACCACUCGCACAGUGAUAGUAGAGCUUGAUGGAAAGUUAUUGGUACCCUUCAAAUAAAUGUCAUUAAGAAAUUUUGCCUGCAGCAAGUUGCCCUGAAUCUCAAUUUUUGUGCAGCUACACAAAAAAAAAACAUAGAAUAGCGCAAAAGUUGAAUAUUUAUUUAGGGACUAAGUAGACACUGCAUAUUCCUUUAUUCAUUCUGCAAUUUCAUGCUUCAGUUUAGCCUGUUUUGUGGCUGGUGUACUGUUGAUUGUUCAAUUCAUGAUUCAACUCGUCAGCAACUUAUAGAUGAAACAAAACCAAAAAAAAUUUACUUCGUGACCUGUGGUAAAUAAACUGUUAGAACUUCAAAACAGCUCGCAUCAUGUUAAGCAGCCUGUUUGUUUGAGACUUCUGCGUGCUGAAGGUCAACACAACCACUCAUUCUAAAGGUACAACAAGUUCGGCUCAUGAAUAACUUAAGUCUGCAGUGUUUGUUUCUUAAUUCUCAUUCACUUAAUUAACGCUGCUUUUGGAACACAAGGCAAUGUCACGGUAACCUAAGAGCUUAUGGUGAAGUGUACUGUAUGUUUGGAAUGAUGCAAUGUGUGCCUGGUGACAAACACAACAAUAAAUUAUGAAUAUGUGAAUCAAGAUUGUCCAUAAAAACAUAAUCCUAGCUGAAUUGGUCGAUAAUGAACAAUUCUUUUCAGUAGUCACUACCACUUGUUACAUUACAUUUGUUGAUCUCUUUAUUAUUAUCAUUCCAACAAGUUCAGAUUUAAGAUGUGGAAAGUCUGCUUUACACUUCUAUGUGACAAAUCGAAGCUCUUUUCAUUCUCUGUAAGAAGCUCAUUACGGAUGUUAGUGGCAGCCUGUUUACCCGAUGGCAUGUUCCAGCAGAAAUAAAUGGAUUUAUAUAAUUUUUUA